CUUUUAAUUACAGGUCCUUUCACUGACAUCGUCAAUGCCAAUUUGCAGUUGAAAAAUCCAACCGAAAAACAUGUUUGUUUCAAAGUGAAAACCACUGCACCAAAGCAGUACUGUGUUCGCCCCAACUCGGGUAUUUUACCACCCAAUGCCUCGAAAACUAUUACGGUCAUGCUGCAACCGAUGGAUGGGGUUCCUUCCGAUGUUGGUCGUCACAAGUUCAUGGUGCAGACCUGCUUCUGUGCUUCGGCCGAUGUUGAUCUCGACAAUAUUCUGGAAGGUACACUCCCUCCUAAUGAACUAAUGUACAGCAAGCUGAUGGUCGUUUUCCAACAGCGACAGUCCGAUCCUUCUGCAGCGGGUAAAGAAGAAGCACCAUCUUCGGUGGCAUACAACAGCCCGUUGAACACCUCACAUGCCGGAGCUACUGUUUCUUCUGGAGGAAAUAUAGUAACUGAGUUGGAAGAGAAGCUGAAAAGCGAGAAGGAGUUGCGAAUGCGAUUGGAGAAAGAUCGUGCGGCUAUGCAGCAAGAAAUCGAUGAGCUCUUCAGUAAACACACCAAGCUUCAGCGAAUGCAAACAACGGAAAGCGGAACCCCAACCAUCCAGGUAUUGUGCUUUUCUUUC